AUGGCGCCUUUGGUGCCGCCAGCAACCUGGGACAGAAUUGCUGGCUGUCUGCAAAUGUUAGUGGAGCAGCUUCCUCCCCCUGCCGGAUCCAGACAUCUUCCCACUGGGCCUCCUGGAGCAAGCGGCGUCCUGUCAGCCAUGCCACAGCUGCCGCAGCUGCCAGAGCAGCCGCCGGUUGAACAGAACAUUGCGCCGGUGCCGGGUGAUAUCUAUGCUCCUCAAGCCAGCCAGCUGCCUUAA